AUGCCAGGAGAGGGAUUCACCAUCAAAAGUCGCAUCAGGAAUUUGCUACGCUCUCCUUCAAUCAAACAAAGGACCUGGAAAAACAGGAAACAGGAUCUCAGCAAGGUGACUCUAGAAAAGGUGCUUGGAAUCACUGCGUCAGGAAACUGUGGUCUGGCCUGUGACCCACGAUCUGGACUAGUGGCCUAUCCUGCAGGGUGUGUUGUAGUUUUGCUGAACCCCAAAAAGAACAGACAGCACCACAUUAUCACUUCAAGGAAGACCAUCACAGCUCUUUCCUUCUCUCCUGAUGGAAAGUACUUGGUCACAGGAGAGAGCGGUCACCUCCCUGCAGUCAGACUCUGGGAUGUGGCAGAACGAAGGCAGGUGGUGGAGCUGCAGAUGCACAAAUAUGGCGUCUCCUGUGUGGCUUUUUCCCCCAAUGGCAAAUACAUUGUCAGUGUGGGAAACCAGCAUGACAUGAUGGUCAACGUCUGGGCCUGGAAGAAAGAUGUUGUUGUGGCUGCCAACAAGGUGUCCAGUAAGGUGACGGGUGUAUCCUUCUCAGAGGACAGCUCUUACUUUGUAACUGUGGGGAACAGACAUGUCAAGUUCUGGUACCUGGACCACUGCAAGGCCAGCAAGGCCAGCGCUCCUGUUCCUCUGCUGGGCCGCUCAGGGCUGCUGGGAGAGCUGAGAAACAACUUCUUCUGCGAUGUUGCCUGUGGACGAGGCUCUACAUCUGAUUCCACCUUCUGCAUCACCUCCUCUGGCCUUCUGUGUGAGUUUGACAGCAAAAGGAUGCUGGACAAGUGGGUGGACUUGCGGACGGGUGUGGCUCAGUGUCUGUCUCUAUCGGAGGAUUUGAUCUUCUGUGGCUGUGCCGAUGGGACGGUGCGAGCCUUCAGCCCUGUCGACCUGCACUUUGUCUGCACGCUGCCGCGGCCACAUCCUCUUGGCGCUGACGUCUCUGCUAUCACAGAAGCCAGCCAUCUGUUUUCCAACAAGACUGACGCUCGUUACCCAGAUGCCAUCGCAGUAACCUAUGACCCCGUCAGCCACUGGCUCAGCUGCGUUUAUAAUGACCACAGUCUGUAUGUGUGGGAUGUCAGAGAUGUCAACAGAGUGGGGAAGGUGCACUCUGCUCUCUUCCACGCCGCCUGUGUCGGAGACCUGGAGAUGUUCCCAGAUGUUCCUGGAGAAUUUGGAGCUGGUUUGACAUCUGGUGCGUUCCUCAGUAGCUCAGCUGAUAACACCAUCAGACUGUGGUGCACUGACGACUGGACUCAUUCUCAGAAUAUCCUCAGCAGUGAUCUCCUGAAAAUAAUCUACAUUGAUGGAAACACCAGUGCCUUAUUAGAUCCAGAGAGUACGACUAAUGUGAACACAGACAAAGCCGGGGAUGGACAGACCGCUGAGAGCAGGACGGGCAUCAGGACUAUCUGUGUGAGUCCAGACGGCAAACACCUUGCAUCUGGAGAUCGUAACGGGAUGCUGAGGGUUUAUGACCUCAACAGCAUGGACGAGGUUUUAAAAGUGGAGGCCCAUGAUGCUGAGAUCCUCUGUCUCGAAUACAGUAAACCAGAAACAGGUUUAAAGCUUCUAGCCACAGCGAGCAGAGACCGUCUGAUCCACGUCUUGGACGCUGAGGAUGACUACAGUCUCGUGCAGACUCUCGAUGAGCACUCUUCAUCCAUAACAGCCGUCCGCUUUGCUGCCAAUGAGAACAAAGUGAGGAUGAUCAGCUGUGGAGCAGACAAGAGCAUCUAUUUCCGCACUGCACACAAAACUGAAAGGGGAACAGAGUUUAGAUGUUCCCAUCACAAUGUGAGGAAGACCACGCUGUAUGACAUGGGUGUAGACCCCACCUGCAAAUACGCUGCUGUCGCCUGUCAGGACCGCUGCAUCAGGAUUUUUAACAUCAGCAGUGGAAAACAGAAGAAACUAUACAAAGGAUCUCUGAGUGAGGAUGGCAGUCUGCUCAGGGUUCAGCUUGAUCCGUCAGGCCAGUAUGUGGCCACCAGCUGCUCUGAUAAAAACAUCAGCAUCUUUGACUUCUUUACUGGGGAGUGUGUUGCCACCAUGUCUGGACACUCUGAGAUUGUCACUGGUAUCAAGUUUACCAACGACUGCAAGCAUUUGAUCUCAGUGUCAGGUGACAGCUGUAUCUUUGUGUGGCGGCUGGCUCCAGAACUGACAAUCAGCAUGAGAGAGAGGCUCUGCCAGCUCCGACAAAACCAAAACACGUCACCCGGAAAGACCUCCAGCCUCAGGCGGGAGGUGUAUAGCGCCCCCAUUCUGGCUGGUCUGUCCUCUGAUAGUGAUCACGAGCAUGAGGACGAGGAGGGCGCUGACAAUGAAAACCCUAAUGACUCAGAGGACAUCAUAACAAACACCUCCUCUGACAGCAGCCAUGGAGAGGAAGAGACAGGUGGCUCAGAUGAAGGACACGACUGGGAGCUGACAAAGCAUACUGAGGCCAACCAAGCAACUCCAAACCCUUCCAAGCGUCCUCGGAGGCGCUGGUCUAAUCGUAUGGGCUCACUGGAGGUGAUGGUUAAAUCCAUGCUGGACCUGAGGCAGCUUGAGUCUUUUUCUCAUAAGAAGAAUCCAUCCUCUUUCCGCCAUGACAGAGAGCGACAGAGCACAUCCAGCCUCCAAGAGCCGGAGUUGGAGGAGAGAGUCAAGAGACACUGGCAUUGGCCGCACACUGACUGGCUGUCCUCCCACCCAUCCAAGGUCAUCAGGGGGACUGAUGGAGCUGUGCUGUACCCUGAAGAGAACAAGAACCACACAAGUCUACAGAGCAGUGAUUACACAGUGAAGGAGCAGCACUGCAGGGUGCAGGGGCGAGCGAUCCGCAGUGAGAGCCAGGAGAGCCGCAGCCCGGACAGUGCCUGCUCUUUGGAUUACGACAGCAGGGAGUCCAGCCCGGAUCAAGUCCUGGAUGAUUCUGCUGAUGCAGAGUCCCUGAGUCAGGACAGCUCUGAUGAGGAGAGCGAAGACACAGAGGAAGAGGAGCAAAAGGAAGAAGUGACAAGUAUGGACGAGGCUCUGAGGACAGUGACUGACACUGCUGAGCGAAGCCAAGAAGGUUUCCUUAAGCAGAGAUUUGAAACGCUGGCAGAGAGCUCCACAACAGGCGAGCAGAGCCGAGUCCCCAGGCUCAGCAUGUCUUCACGCUUCCUGGCCAGAGGACAUAGUAACAGGGCUGUGCCCCCGUUUGCCAAAGUGCACGGAAAGGAACAAGGCAGCAACUCUGCUAAACCCCCUGUGUCAAAAGUUCGGCCCAUGAUGGAUGACAGCCAGAGCAGAAACACAGAAGACAAGACCUCCGUGUCCCCCUGCAGGACUUUGGAGCCAAGGGUCAGUUCUCCAAAGGCCGAGAGCGCUCCGACUCUCAGACUCAUGAAGAAGAGAGGCCCGCAUCUGUGGAGGUUAUCCACUCCUCCAAUCAGAGCGCCGCUGCCGUUUGAACGAGAGCCAUGUUUGCAGAAAUCACAUUCUCUGCACAACCUGAUCUCUGACUCCCCUCACUCACCAGAGCCCUCUAGUGACCAAAGGGAGUUGUGCAGGAGACCUGACCAGCUUCCCCUGGAUCCAGACACUCCCAGAUCUCCCAUCAGAUUGCCAUCCCCUUCCUCUGUAUCCUCAUAUUCCCCCUCGUCCCCCCUGCCUUGGGACAGUCCCAAAAUCAAGGCCCAGCACUCAUACAUGAACCCCACAGCCAGCUCCACUGCCAAAAGCAGCCGCUCCUCCUCACUGGGGGAGGGUCUUAACAUCAGCACUCCUCCCUGCUCCCCUUCUUUCAUUAAGGGAAGGAGGUCAUGUGGGGAGAAUGAGGUCCAGUCUCCUCUGCUCACCUCUUCUCCUGCCACAUCGUUCCCCUCUACCGCCUCUUCAACAUUGUCUCUCUCCUCGUGUUCUCAGUCAAACAGUCCCUCCCCAACUCGCCCCCAUCCCACAGCUGCAGUUUCACCCACUAACUUCACCCAGAACCUCCCACAGUCUCGCAUCCCACUCCCCAAACAGCCCCUCAGCCCCCGUCGCAGCCUCUGCCUGGAUGUGAUGUCUGGAUCGAGUUGGUCUGGAGGCUCAGUGAGGGGUGCUAACCCAACAUUAAACUCUGGAUGUGACUCUGCAACUACAGGACAAAGAGCACUGGGCAGGCGCCUCUCACUGCGCGUUGAGCCAUCUAUUCCAAGUUUGACUCGUGCAAAGCUGAAGAGAGGCUCGGUUUCAGAAAUUGCCAAGGAGCCCACAGCACAAGCAGCUGCAACCAAAGAAAGCCCUUCGGGGUCUGAACAGACCCAAACAUCGAGCACCGACCCCCAGCCAGAACUUUCCAUCUCCUUGGAAACUUGUCGGCAGGCUGUUUCUGAGCUUCACAGCAGUCUGAGGAAAACCGUCAUGCUCUACACUAAGGUGCUGCAGUGUGGCCAGGAGCCCAGCGAGGAUCAACAAGAAAUGAGGAACUUCCUGUCCAACUCUCUGUUCACAGUUAAAGUAGAACUGGACUCUCUGCCUCACCCUGCCUCCCCCUCUCUGCUUGGGCUUCGAGUGGACCAAGGGGCCACAAUGGAGGGGGAGAAAGCUUUGGCUCUGCUGGAGCAGUACGCUGAGCUGCUGCUGAAGUCUGUGGAGAGGAGACUGGACACCAAGACCUGAGGAGUAGACCUUGUGUGUGUGUGCACACACCACUGAAUAAAACCAGUGCUGUGAAUCACAUCCUCAAUAAAUGCACAGGGAACCUAAUUUAUGGACUGAAUGCAGAUGAGAUGUGGAUGUAUUUUGAGAAACCGAGCGAAGUCAAUGAGUUUUAUGCAAUAAUAAAAAUAGUCUGAAUGGUUGCCUUAUUUUCCAUGCCAUAGCUUUUUUUUGUCUUUUUAUCUUUUAUAUUCAAGUGUUGUGGAUGAAAAUGUACUUUUUAAAAUCAGUAUUUCGUUCUAAAACUGAUUCCGUAUUUUACUGUUAAAGUGAUCGCAUAAAGUCUUAAGCUUCAUUAGCAUUCUCUAGAGGCUGCAGGGUUCAUUUUUCCAUUCAGUUUUCUACUGCAAGUACUUUAACAACUGAGAGAAUUUUCCCUGUGGGUGUCUUUACAGAAACUUGAAGAGGGUUAUUCAUAGCUAAAAUGUUUCUGGUUAUAUAAAAGUGAUCAACUUUUUUCAAGGAAGUAUGCCAGUUGAAUGGGAAGAUACUGUACCCCGGACAGACUGAGUCCACAUUUUUAUUCAUGAAGUUUUCUAAGUUUUAGGGGCGUGCUUGUGCAGAACAGGCAUUUUCCCCCUCUACUCUGCUGCUGCCAGGAAAAGGGGGUUCUUUUAGGUGCUGAGUUAAGAUGGAGAUGUUUGUGGGAGGUUAAAGGAGA